GUGUCCUUCGCACUCUAACCAAUUGGCAACGAAGUUUAACGUCACAUGAUCUCUAUAGAGAGAGCUUGAUAUGUAAGCAGAGAUCAAAAAGAGAGAAAUAACGUAUUUUGAGAGAAGAAACGCCUAGGAAUUAUAUCUAUUUUUGUAAUUUGUUGGGUUACCAAGGCUCAUUCAUGAUGGAUAGUGGUAACGGCAGUAAAGAAAUGAGCCCUUCGAAUUUAUGUCGGAAUGGCUGCGGUUUCUAUGGAAAUGCUGCAUCAGAAGGAAUGUGUUCAAAAUGCUUCAAAGAUCACCUGAGGAAAAAACAAAAUUCACCUGUUCAGACACUACAUGCCGUUGCCUCUAGCAAUACCAGUCCAGCCAGUAAUAUGACAGUAUCAUCCACACUUAGCAAUGCAGUUUCUGCAUCAAUGUCUAUUUGUUCAUCAAUUUCACGUGACAGCACAAAAUCAGAACGACAAGAAGAGAAAAAGAUAGCAGAAGAUACAGCAUGUUCUAAUGUAAGCACAGAUAGCGUAGACUCAUCUACAGUGUGUGCCGAAGAAGAAUCACCCGACGGAAAAAAGAAAUCAAAGAAAAAUAGAUGUAAUACAUGCCGCAAGAAAGUGGGACUCACAGGUUUUCAGUGUCGGUGCGGUGGUCUUUAUUGUAGUAUACAUCGGUAUUCUGAUAAACACGAGUGUUCCUUUGAUUACCGAAUGCUCGGACAGGAAGAAAUUAGGAAAAAUAACCCAGUCAUAGUUGGCAAGAAAAUUCAGAAGUUGUAACAGGAAAAAAUGGAGGGAUGGACUUAACUUUUGCGCGUGUGUUCAUUUUCAUUUUUUCAUUAGCCAUACACAGCCUUAUGGAUAACAUAGUGAGCAAUUGCAUACAAUAGAACGUAUAAUUGCUCUUUCAUUUUCAGCGUGUUUCUAUGCUCGUAUAAAUCUGAAUUAAUCUGAGUAAAAUCAUGGUGGUGAUACAACAUUUACCUGACUAAAAUUUGUUCGCACUCCUUAGAAAACAGUUGAACUUUGGACGGGUGUCGCUACGUAUCUAUAGACAUCGACAAAAGAUUUCUGUUGUGAUUUACUCUUGUCAUCACUCAUAUGUAUUGAUCAUACUUAACAUAGAUAUAGUUGCAACAAAGAUUAUCAUAUGAUUAUGUAAAAAAAUUACUCAAAACACCGUAUCAACAAAAUAUAUUUAAAGGAUAACAUAGUUGAUAUUUAGUAUCAAUUAUUAUAUGGUUUGUUAAACACAUAAUCUUUAUUAUUUGAAAAUAUUAUCUAUUGUAUUUUUGGGUAAGCAUUUUACCUGUGCUGAAAAUUGAGCAACAGGAAUUGUCACCAAGUCUGCUUGGAUUGCUGUUUGCGACAUACGCAAUCCUUAGUUGCCGAGUUGCCGUAAUCAGCCAGGGAAUGAUAUUUUUGAGUACAAGCAAUUUUGAAAGAGAAAACUGAUUAGUCAUAACCAUAUUCCCUACCACAUCUGCUGUCAAUAAUAAGCUAGAAACAGUUUGAUGUGACUUUACGCUGGAUGCUAUGUUGAAUUUUGUAAUGUACUGUAGUCUUAUCAUCAUUCUAUUUGUCGCUUAUACAUGUUAUUGAACUUAUAUGUAGGAUUUUCUCUAAAGAAAUGAUAACCGCUUGGAAUAUUUGAUUUAAAACUGCCAGGUUUUUCUCAUUAAACGGACUCUCAUCAUCUUCUGGCACUUACUAUAAGACGCUGCAAUCUUUAACAUUUUAAUUUUAUAAGCAGUUACGAAAAAAACUCGCAAGAUUUUUGCAUUGCCUUUCUCAUUUGUUAGUCUAUUUACAGAAGUUGAUCUGCGUUGAAAUUUGUUGAUAUCUUGAGUUUGUCUCUUCAGGUUUGAGAGGAAACUGAUGAAUAGAUCAGAAAUUAUCAGUAUGAGUUGAUUCCGUCAUCUGGAUCAGGUUGCAAUUUCAACCUAUUAUGUGAUUUCCUUCUCAAUACUCCCAGAACCAACAUCCCUUCAGUCCUCGUUAGACAUUCUAAAUGCAUUAGUCACCACUACUUAACCAAGUGGUUAUUUUCGUGAAGCAACAUUUGACUUGGAGUUAGAAGACAACAUCGAUGAAAGAACUGAUCAUUAUUUAUGAUUAUGACAAAGUGAAACCUUACUUUGUCGUGAGAAGGAAGUAAAUUGAUAGAUAUCAUUUUUGAAAAGGGCAGAGCUUUCAGUGGUAGCUCAGUCAUUAGUGUUUAUGCAAACCAUUCACUAACAUCAGAUAUUGAUAACAGAUUAACAUGCAAGUCACUGCUUUUUCAGUUGUGGACACGUCCACCUCACUGCCCAACAUGUUUGAUGUGGCUGUUUUUUCAAUAGAAUCAUCAUACAAUUUUACCUCCAGCUUAUAGAUUUCAAUCUGUCCAUAUUUUUUUCAAAUUUCAAUUCACUGUACAAAUUUUAUAGGAUAGGUAUGAUUGCAAUAUUACUCAUACCAUCAGCAUAUUCUCCAGAACUUAAUAUCUGGGUUAACUCAGUCACAUGGUACUGUAGUGUCAAGGGGUUGAUCAUAUCCUAAGGUUGAGGGUUAACCAUCUGAUACAACAAAAGAGUUAAUUCCUAAUUAUUUAUUAGCAAUAUUUCAGGUAUACACAAAUUGAAAAACAGUCCAUCAAAAUGGCUUAUAUUGUAUUAAAUAUAUUUAGUGUAUAUAGGCCUGGUGGAUUGCCUAAAAUAUGUUCAGUUAACGAGGCUUUCCAAUUGUAUAACAACAGCCUUGAUGGGAUCUAAACUACAACUCUUAAAUAUUGCAACAAGCAGACUCAUAUAUUAUGUUGUAACAUCAAAUGUAUUAACUGAAUAGUGAAAAGUAGACAUUUACUUUGAUGCAAUUAUGGAAAGUAGAAUGUAUAUUGCAAAAUCGUAUUUUAUAGAUUUAUUACCCCAAAAAGCAAAUUGGGUAUCCAAAAAAGUAGUGCAGAUGUGUACAGUAUAAAGGUCAAAUCGCACAGCAUCAUACGACGAAGCCCGGUGUAAAUCAUUGUCGGGGACAGUCUUAAGCUGUCGUGAGAAAUAUUAAACAUGUUUAAUAUUCUACAAGGUGACGAUGCAAACCAUCGUGUCUGCAUUUAACUCGCACAGGCCCGACACAACAACAAAUCACAUUGGGGUGCGUUGUACAAAGCUGUCUGAAUUGGCCUUCAGGCACAUUCACCAUACGAUAGCAAAAGUGAUACAUAUUCUAAUUGAGAAAAAUACUCAGUUAUGCUAUAUUAUAAAUUAUUCAUAUUUGUUUGAUGAAUAUGUAUUAACCCUAAUAACACUCAGCUUGGUGCACAGUCCUUUGUUCCUAUUGAAUUGUGUACAGAAAUUGCAUAAAAAUUGCACUAUUUAUUUUGUUCAUAACUAAUAAUUUUAUGCAUUUUAUAUUAUGGUGCAUGUUUACCUAAUGAAUAUUCAGUUUGCCCUAAGUACAGAUAUUUUUUUUUCAGACUAGAUCAUCAUUUCGUUGCAUUAUUUAUUUGUGCAUUUUUAGUACGUCACAGCCAGGCAAACACAGAAACAAGCUGUUGCAUUAAAUGCAUGAGUGUAAACAAUGCUAGGGAUCUACAAAGCAUUGGAUAGAUAUAAGAUCUGAGUGGUGUUUAUUGACAACAUGAAUAUGUAUGUAUCCUAAUGAAUAUUUAGUAAUCUAAUGAAAUUUGCUGUUACUGUAGAUAAGACUGAUUGCCUACAUUGGGUUUGUCUCAGGAAAUGCUUGAAAAUACCAUCUAUCUGUCAGCCCAUUACUUCUAGAUGUGUUUCUUAGUGUGGCUACAAUUUGUUCCUCCCUGCUAAUAGAGAUGUGUAUGGAUAUUGAAAUAACUUGAAGGGGUGGGCGUAUUUGGAGUUGGGAUGGGUGAGGUAGGGAGAUAUUGCAAAGGGGAGGGGGAUUUUUUACUGCAGCGUAAAAAGUGAUACUCCCUUCAUGUAGCAUAUCAUUUAUUUCUCUUUUCACAUGACAUAACAGAACAAUACAAGAGUAAAUCAAUGAAGCAGGAUUGCCUAAAUUUUAUAAGAGGCUCUCCACAUAGAUCUUGCUCACAAUUGUUAUGUUUGAAAAUCAUGAGUAGAAAUACAUAGAUAUAGAAUUAAUCCAUUUUUUUCCUGUUUAUCUAUUUUUUGUCUUUGGUUUUUUAUUAUCCUUAUUUAGAAUGUUAUCAAUGUGUUACUUUUCUUCUAUUCAUUGUCGUGGUUUGGUUUUCCCUACAUAUCAACCAUUUACUAUUUCUAGUGGUAUCAUAGUCAUAAUAUUAAUAAUCAAAAAAGAUAAUAUUGGUCAUAGUAGUUGUAUUAUAAGAGGUUUCCUGAAAAAUACAGUUAUUAACAAGAAUUAUUUUAACAAAUAUUACGCUCAAGACCUUUAUUUUUCGCAAAAUGUCUGGAAUUGAAAGGGAAAUUUAGCCAAUAUGUAUUUUUAUCAAGUCAUCACUUGGCUUCAAUGUGUGUAAUUCUCUUUAAAAUCCAAGUAAGGGUUUUGUUUUUCUGUUGUAUUAUUCUCUGGUUGAUAUUCACGUGUAGUGUAUUUACUCUAGAAAGCAGAAUAUAACAUUUCCUUAUUUCAGUCUUAUUCUCUAUGAUCUUGGAUUUUUAAAUUAAUUUGAAAAUACUUGAUUGUCUCUUGUUUUUUGAAUGAGUGUUCCUAUAGUAUGUGCUUUGACAGACUACUUACAGUAAAUCGAUCACGCGAUAUGAAUAGAAACCAACAGUGUAUAAACUGAAGAGCAAUUUGAGAUGUGGGAUUAUAAGAUUAAUGGAUUCAUAAGAUUAUCUAAUAUUCCUUUAAUACUAUUCCUUAAUGUAUACUUUAAUCAUAUAGAUUAAGACUUUAACUGCAGACCACAUCUAGUCUUGCAUUGCUCUAUCAGAAAAGUAUUUCCCUUGUUAUUUCCUGAACAUGCAUAGGUUAAAUUUAUAUGCAGGUACAUAUGAUUUUGCUUGGGAUAUUGGUGUGGCUUGUUCCUGUUGCAAAAGAUAAUGGACGGUGGUUUUGAUAACACAGCUUUUGUGGAGGUUUUGAACUUUGACCUCCAUGUUUAGAUUCAAGACCUACCCUUCUCUACAGUUCAGUGAGUCUUUUGUAAUGGAAAGUUGCAUUGUUGGCCAAGCGAAUCAAAUUUAUUAAAAUAAAUGCACAGUUUUGAAAGUAAGGCAAGGCAAGGCAGUCGUAACCAUUCAUCCAGUUUCUUUGACACACAUAAUUAUUAAAAUUCUGUAUAUCAUACAAAGCAAAUUAUAUUAUUUUUUAACAAUUGGUUUUAUUUGUUACAAAAAGAAAAACCAUUUAUGAUAUUUUAUUAUAUGGAGAUGAUUGUUUUCAACUUUGGAUAUUAAUUUUGUAAAUGAAUAUACAGUUAUUAUUUGAAUAUUUAUUUGCUCAUUUAGAAUUUCUAUUUCGAUUACAACGUGAUUUUGUUUGAGUAAUGUUCACCAAACGUUUUAAUUUGAGUAGUUUCUGAUAGCUAUUUAAGAUAUUCAAUGACUGUUACUGUAUGGAGCAAUUUUUUUAAUGGAAUGCUCCGAUUAGCAGUCACAGAACAAUCGGCUAAUGACGCUUGCGUGAAUAAAUGCAUGGCAUUUCAAUGCUAUAUUUGCUAGAGAUAAACGAUAUACUGUAGUGGAAAAUAUACAUGAACAUCAACUAUACCCGAAAGUAGAUGGAAUUCAAUUUCAUAGGUUGUAUUUUUACAUAGAGGUUUUACGAGAUUACCAUAAUUUGUUUGGUGUGUAAUAUGUAGGCUUGGUCAAAAUUUAUAAGCGCAGUAAAAACUGGGCAGUUACAGUUGAUUUGGUCAUGUUUUUGAGAUUUUAAGCAGCGCAAGUUAAAAAUUUAAAAAAUAUAUAUAUUGAUCAAAUAUUGAAUGCAAUUUUCAAAAGAAUGCCUUUUUUUUUGUUAUUGUCACAAAUAUAUUUAGUGUAUUUUUGUUCGAUGUAGAUGAUCUUUUUGAGAAUGGUUUGGCAACCUGGUGUUUAUAUAAGUUGGGAAGUAAAAAACCGUAUUUAAAAUUAGGUGAUAACAAAUGAUUGAUGAUUGUUUAUCCAAAUUGUAGUACUGUACAGUUGUUCCUCUGAAAGUGUGGUGGGGAUCAUGUGAGCCAGCCCAUUGUAUGCUAAACAAUGCAUCUUAAUUGGUCGCAGCAUUUUAAAUAACAAUUUAAGUAUUUAUAUAAAUACACACAUAUAUAUACUUUGAUGUAAUUGUGUAUAUAUGUCUGUAUGUAUAUUUGUGUAUAUGUAUUUAUGUAGGCCUAUGAGUAUAAUGAAGGAUUCCUUCACUAUUCAAAUUUCUUAACUGCAGCAAGCACUCAAUCACACUCACUUGAAGGUUGUAAUUGCUUUAUGAUCGUAUAAUCUUUAAAAAUUGGGUGUUUAUAAAAUUUACUUGCCUUGUGUGUAACAAAACCAAGACUUUUAAUUUGAUUUAAGAAAUUGAAUAUUUUGGGCGUCAUGUUUCAAUUCCGUGUCCUAUAUGUGGGUUUUUUUUUAACCCUGUGAUAUUAUUCAAACUAUGAUUUUAAAAACAGCAGGAAAAAAAGAAAAAAAAAACGAUUUAGAUUUAUGUUUAGAGAGUGAAGAGGGUCAUGGUGAUGUGCGUACAUUUAGUAUAUGAUUAAAAACAGGGGAUUUUAUGUGUUGAUAGCCACUGAUGAUGACCUAGGUGUCUCCGUGUAUUGAGAUCUACAUAAAUUAUAUAAAUAAAUUUCUGAACAUUAUUA